AUUGUGACGUCAUGUAAACAAAAUGGCGGUGUCGGUUGCUCGGGACGCGUUGAAGUGAAAGUGUGCGAAACCGACUUGUUGGCUUUGCCGGUAAAGGUGACACAAAUCUCUGGAUAUAGGGUGAAUUUAUGAUGCCAGUGAAAGAGAUCUAACUGUAAUUCCGGGGGAAAAGCUGAUAUCUGGAUAUCUUUAUUAAGAAGGCGCCAUGGCUGGGACAAGUGAGGGAGACAUACUGGAGAAACUGCAGCGUAUGGGGAGUCUUGAAUCCAUUGUGACAGAGCAGAGAAUGAAUAUAGAGAAGCUCAAGACCACUUAUGAAACACUCAAGGCAGAACAUCUACAGCUGCAAGAUCUAUGCGAGAGAAAGGAUGCUGAUAUCAUAGGUGCAAGAGAAGAAGCCAAAAAAAUCCAUGAGCAAAACCAAGACAUGAUACGGCGCUUGAGGAGUGAGAGAGAUGCAAAGAUUCAGGAGUGUGAAGAACUGAGAACUCAGGUUGUCACUCCUGCUAGACUAGAUGCACUUAGGAUAAAACUACUAGAAGAAGUUGAGGCACCUUAUAAAGAGAGAUUUAUUAUGAUGGAAAGUGAUAUCAAUGCUAGUAGAAGCGAUUUUAACAAGCUCAGAUAUGACUAUGCCUUUCUGAAGUCAGAAUACGAAAACGAGCAGAAGCAGCAUAGACAGAUAUUAGAAGAGAUGCAAGCUCAGUAUGAGCUGGAAAUCAGUUCAUUACGUAAAGAGAGGGAUGGUCUUCUUCAGAAGCAACAGCAUGAUGGUCCAUCGGAUGCACAGAGAGUCAGGACUCUACAAAGAGAAAACACACAGCUUCAUAUGAAACUGAAAGGGCUUCUGAGUGAGAUUGAGGAGAUAAGAGCACAGCGUGAGGCAGCUGGACUGCAAUCUGACCAUGUGUCUCGUUUGCAAGCAAGGCAACUAACUGAGAUGACCGCAAGAUGUAAAGCACUAGAGACAGAGCGAGAUUCUCUUAAGCAGCAGUGCCAGACUUUACAAGCUGAAUUAGAGAAGAAGAAUCAAGCUGAGGACCAGCUUAUCAACGAUAUCCAUCAACUAGAAAAAGAGAACAUGUCACUAAAGAGUAAUUCUGAAGAAACUUCACACAAGCAUAAAUUAGAACUGAGUAACUUGAAAAUGAGCCUGACGAAGAAUCGGGGUGAUUUAGAAAGAGAGAGAGAUGAGCUCAAAGCUGCUCUUGAUGCUUGUCGUAACAAGACUGAGGUCCUAAACAGAACGAUAGAGCACCUGAAGGGGACGGUAGAGGAAAAGGAGCAGGAUGUCAGUCGUAGAGUUCAGGAAGUAAAAGAAAAGGAAUGGGAGAAAAUAUCACAACUUGAGACCACCAAACUUCAGCUAGAAGCAAGCUUGUCACAAAUGGAAAGAGCAAAGGUGGAAACUUCAACAUCCCAUCAAAACCAAAUUGAGUUAUUAGAGGAAAAGCUACGUUCUACUGCCGAAGCAAAGAAAUACCUCGAAAAGGAGUAUUCAGCACUAAAGUUGCAGUUGAAGGAAAAUUCAGAUGUUUCUAAUGAGCUUGAACGGGAAAGGGCAAAAAGCCAAGAGCAAAGACAGAAAUUUCAGCAGCUUCAAAAUCAUUAUCAAAGCGCUAUGAGCAAUGAGCAACAGUUACUAUCUGCUAACGACAGACUGAAGAGUUCCGUAGACCUGUUAAACGACGAAUUACGUGUUGCUAGGCUUGAAAUUCAACGACAGCAAGAUGACCAUUUGAAUGCGUUAGAGCAAGCAAGGCUAAAGUUCCGAGAAGAGAAGACUGCGUUUGAGGCGCAGAUCACCAAGCUUGAAAAGAAGUCAAAAGAAGAUGAGGGAAAUAGCAAAAAAGCGCAAAAACAAAUGGAAAAGAAAAGAAAGAAAUACAAAGAAGAGAUUAAUCAGCUAAGAGAUAGGAUUCAAGUAUUGGAAAAGAAAGAAGAACAACUUGCUCUUGAAAGAGACUCGGAGCGAAGAAAGCGUGAACUGGAAAACGAGAAGACUCGACGGCAAAUGGCUAUGCUUGCGAAGAAACAAAACCGAUUUAAAAAUGUACUGAAUAAUAGUCACGCGUUUGGCGGCGGUCUCCCUAUGACGAGUUCGCCGGUUCCUUUUAAUGCGACGAUAGAACAGGACCGUCAGCUACGCGAGAUUGCCAACGUGCGUGACAGACUUGAAGACCUGGAGGAGACCCAACGAAAUAUGACCAACAUACUUCACGAGACGGCCUCGCCACCUUUAGAAACGGGAGCCUUCUGACGACAUACCUUAGAUACAAGGGCUUUCUUGCGUCUACAUUCGUUCACACGACAUGCCUUUCACACUCGAUCACUUUAUGACGCCACACCACCCCUGAUACUUUCACCCCGUGGCGUCACGUCUCCCUAGAUAUCCUUAGGGCGUCGGACCUCGGACGGUUUUCCGACGUCGUGCCUACCUUUUAGACAUUCACUUUUUUAUGCUAUGCAAGCGAAAGCGUUCUUGCAUUAACACAUGGAAAAGCAUCUGAAAUAAUCGUGCAUCGUCCCUGCAUAACAAAUAUUGGGUUUAUUUUUUUAGGUUAUCCUAUGCUAGGAUUAUGCAACUUGAUGAAAAUAUCGAACGUAGUGCGCAUUUUAGCGUUAUCAUUCAAGACAUGACAAGCCGAGAGGCAAUCUAUUUCCAUUCUUAAUUGAUAUUUUAUUAAAUACUUAUUUUUAAAUUAUUAGUUUUCUAAGUUACAUUUGCAAUUCAUUUAAUUGAUAUUUCAUAAAUUUAAUAGUUAUAUUAUUUAGCUUUAUACCCUGGUCAUAUUUUCUUUUCAACCUUGCUUAUCUCAACAAAUUCAUUUUUUUUAUGACAUGAUCAAUUUUAAUCUAUAUCCAGUUCUUAUUCUAACAUAUUUUACCAUGUACAAAUUUUAUCUGUUUAAAGAAUUCCUAUCAGUUGCUUUGCUAUAUUAUUCCGGUAUCUAAUAAAUUUAUACUCGCUAGCACAAAGAGUAGUUGCUAAAAAAGCAGAACUGAUAGAAAUUCUUAGUUAAAGCAUAACUUGUAACACUACACCAAGUGCCUUCGCGUGUGUAUUUUAUUGAAUAAUAACCGUAUUUUUAUGAAAUUUAAA